CACAUCUGAAAGUCAUUAGCUGAGCCUCAAUCAGGCUGAGUGCAUAAAGGAGUGAAGUUUACAAGAAGCAGGAAUAGAAGAGAUGGGUCAGGGCCGCUCCUCUGCCCAUCCUCAGGUGAUCCUCCUGGGUCUGGACUCUGCAGGGAAGUCCACUCUGUUGGCCCGACUCCUGACAGGACAGGUGAUGGAGACGUCCCCGACUAUCGGCUUUAAUGUGGGGACUCUGGACCUGGACAAGAAGAAUUCUCUGACUGUAUGGGACAUUGGGGGACAGAAGAGCAUGAGACCCAACUGGACAUACUACCUGGACGACUGCAAGGCGCUGGUCUUCGUGGUGGACAGCAGUGACACUGACCGGAUGCCAGAGGCCCAAAAACUCCUGAAGAAGGUUCUGAGUGACGAGAGGCUGCGAGGAGUUCCUCUGAUGGUUCUGGCCAACAAGAAGGAUCUGCCCCAGUCCAAGACAAUACGAGAGGUGUCCACCCAGCUGGACCUCCAGAGCUACACGGACCGACUGUGGGAGGUCCAGGCCUGUAGCGCUCUGCAGGGACUGGGCCUGCAGCAGGCCUUUGUGUCGGUCAACAAGCUGAUAAAGAGGAGCUGAUAGGAGGAAGAGGAGGAAUUGAAUGGGCCAGCCUGUGACUAACUACCUUGUGGUUUUAUUUAAACAGAAGAACAAUAAAUUUUGAUGUGUUGGA